CCUUUCUACUGGUAAACGCCAUAGCGCCAAUAAACACAACGUAAAGAAAAGGCGUUAAUUAAAGUGCUCAGGGCUUCUGUUUAAGGGCGUUUUAAAGCAGUUAAAUAAAGUUUAAAGUUAAGUUAUAAAUUUGGGAAAGCAACACGUUAGGUAUCGUUUAGAAAUAGGUAGAUGGCAGUGUUGGUGUACUUGUGACGUCAAGAGCAAUUGGUAAUCGACGUCAAAGUACCACUUCUUUAUCGGCUUUAUGAUUUAAAAAAGGCGUCACGUAUUUACAUCUUUACAAAUCAAUCAUUUUAAUUUUUUUGCUUGAAGUAUAUUCAUGGUGUCGAAUUACAAAUGUAAGCUGUAACAAGAGGCUUGGUGAAGGGUUAGAAAAGACUGGAAACUAACUGAUUUGUUAAACAAAUAUUUUACAUUGUUUUUCUAGUGUUUUAUUUACAAAAGUCGAAAGCUAAACAAUAUUCUAACAAAUCAUAACACACGAUUUCAAACAAGUUGGAACACAAGACGAGUGAGAGUUGAUAUAAACAUUGAAUCGCGCGGUGAACUACAUCAUUUAUUAUGGGCUGUCCAAUAAGCAAAGGCAGUUACCAGGGGAGAGGUUAUAAUGGCUAUUUUGAAUACAUGCCAGAAAAUAAUGGGAAGAAAGUUAUAAAGAAAAAAAUGCAAGAAAGGACGUUGAGUACGCGACAGAGCAAAAUAAUUAGAGAUCCGAAGUUAACAUCUAAGUACGACAUUAAAAGCUUAAUAGGUGUCGGGACUUUUAGCGACGUCUUUUUUGUUGUUGACAAAGUUACCAAGUAUCCGUAUGCAAUAAAGGUUAUUGAACUAAGCUGUUUGAAAACUCAAAGAGUUUUUCAAUCUGAGUCUGAAGCUCUCCAGAAGAUUCAGGAAGCUUCUAAAAUCUCGCAUCCUAAUCUUGUGAAGUUAAAAGAAAUUAUAACAUGUAAUUUCUCAGCUUAUAUUAUUAUGGAACUAGCGACCGGUGGGGAUUUAUUUGAACGGAUUCAAGUAAGCGGACACAUUAAGGAGACUGAGUCGAUAAGAAUAACGAAGAUGCUACUUCAGGCUGUAUCCUUUCUCCACCGUCAUGGCAUAACCCAUCGUGAUUUGAAACCCGAGAAUGUCCUAUUUUAUACUCCCGGUGAAGAUUCGAGAAUUAUUAUAACAGAUUUUGGUUUUGCAAGUUGUCGGGAUCCGAAUUCUUUACUUGAAACUUAUUGCGGGACUUUAGAAUAUCUCAGUCCUGAAAUUAUACUAGGUAAAGCUUAUUCAAACAAAGUAGACAUCUGGGCUAUCGGUGUGAUUGUAUAUCACAUGUUAAGCGGAACAAUCCCAUUCUACGGACGGGAUGUUGUUUCUUUUUACGAAGAAAUAUCGAAAAGCCAACCAUCCUUUAAACGGGAGGUUUGGCAAACGAUUUCUUUAAAAGCAAAGCAAUUUAUCCAAUGCGCGUUAACAAAGAAGGAAGAACAACGCUUUGACGCGGAGUCAGCGUUGAAUCACCCAUGGCUGAAGAAGACAUGUCGCGUGAAGAACACCUCACACAAAGGUAAUAACCCUGUGAAUUCUUGUUCAAUGCAUUCUCAUGGAAAGAAACGAGAAGUUGUCGAAUUCGAUGAAUUACCAACCAUAGAGGACGUUCAGUCAUUAAAACCACAAGUUUCCGAGCAAACCAUGGAAUGUCGUACGUCAAAUACUGAUAAGAUGGAAUGUCGUACGUCAAAUACUGAUAAAGAGACGUCAGACAAUACGAAUAAUUGCAACACAACUGGCAUUUGUAAUAAGGCUUACGAAAAUAGUACAAAGGUUAGUACGGAGCAUAAUUUUAGCAAUACGUAUCUAAAUCCUGAAAAGGUUUUCGUGAUACCUUGGAAGGCAACGGAUAACAAGCGUAUAUCAAAAGAGGAUUUAUUUGCGGACACAAACAGUUCUUACUCGACUUAUUGCGAAACGAGACAAAGCGAAGACGUAUGCUCCCACAAUGCAACGCCUUCCCUAGAUGCAUUAUCUUACCAAGAGACAACCAAUAACCAAAGGAUACAAGUAUCUACAACAGAAAGAAAUAUAUGCAAGGAUAAUGUGUCUCCAAAUGAUGCAAGAAACUCACAAAUUGUCCAACUGCCUUCUCUAUUUAAGCGUUCAUUAUCAAGUACCCCAGCCCUGAACGUGACCCCUUGCUCUGGACUUAAAAAAUAUUCAAUGCCAAAUAUCAAUAUGCCUGUACAAGCUUUAGAUCAUAAUAAACUUGACGCGUUGUUUGCAGUGCGGUCAAGGUCAACUUCACCAAAACCGCCGCAACGAAUCAAUGCUUGGUCAAACUCACAAACUAACUCAGUCAACAAAAAGAGUAGAGUUGAGGAAUGGCUUAAUCAUAAUGAAAAUAAAACAGCUGGAACUGAUUUAGGGUGUCUUCCAUACGUCAAGAAGCAUAAGUACAGUGAACAGCGCGACCGUCAAACAUGGAUGAAGUUAAACGAAAAAAUGCCUUCUGAAGCUUUAUCAAAAUCCUUGUGAAACAUAAUGCAUCCGAUUUAUGUUUCAGUAGAUAGUAGAUAAAAGGCAAGAAAUAUUUAAAAUUCUGUUCGACUGAUUACGCAUAAUUUGAUGCAUCAGAAUCUUCCUUAAACGUUAAGGGGUAAGGUCUCUUUCUUUAAACAGAUCUUUAUAAAAUAGAUUUACACGGAAAACAUCAAAUGAAGCCUUUAACACAUACGAAGUUCACUUUCUUAAACAAAUAAACAAAAUGCUUUGUUAGGAAGCCAUCUGAAGCAGAAAAUUUAUUUUUGUUUUUUUAUUUUAUUUGUUUCUUGUUGUUUUGUUUCAAAAGAUACAUUUAUUUGUUUAUUAUAUAUAUGUUUAAUAUGCCCGUGCAUAUAUAAGCUUGUUUCGCAUAUUCGUGACCAGCGGAUCGUGUAUUUGCGCCUUUGUUGGGCAUAUCUGCCUUCUUUGAUCUUAAAGUUCUCGAUUUAUUUAUUCAAGUGUCAUGAAGAGUAUUAAUUACAAAUAGAAUCUUUUUUAUAUUCUUGCGAAAUAUUACUUUAUAGACUUGGCGGAAUAAACCCAUUUAUUACGUGUUAUAAAGCUGUUACAUGUAUUCUCACAGAUAACGUUUUCUGGGAACAUUCGUAACCAUUCCGCGAAUAUUAUUUUUUGCAAUCACCUUCCAAGAAUUGUAACAAAUGUAUCAUUUACAUGUACAGACUUGUAUCCUUACAGUUUAGGCAACUUUUUUAACUUUUUGAGAGUCAGUUUUGUUUUUUUCUUUAUCUGUCUCAAACUUCUUGUACGACCAUCUUUUUUACACAAUUAUUUACUUCAUGUAAUUUAAUCGGUUACCGGCAAUUUUUUGUUUAUAUAAAAGCACGUGUAUAUAUUUUGUAUAUCAUAUAUUAUAUAUUAGCUUUUUGUUACAAUUCGGUUGUAUAGAUUAUACAUAUUUUCUAUUAUUCAUUUUUUUAUAGUAAUGUAUAUAGCAUUUUUUGUAUUUUUGAUUUCAGAAAUUUUAAUUAAUAAUGGCAGAUUGUGAAGUUUCACACAUGCAUAUAUAAUCAGGUUUGCGCUAAGAAUUAUGGGUAUGCAGACAAUUCUGUAGCGAAGUAUUCUGAAAUUCUGAUGAAAUUCUGAUGAAAUUAAAAAAGAGCUUUUCGAAUUUUUUUUUAAAUUUUCAACAACAAGUGAAUCGUCGUAAUAUUUUUAGCAAAAUGAUGCACUCCUUCCAUCUACAACCUUGUCUAUUUUGAACAUGGUGGCUUUUUACCAAAUUUUCUCUGAAACUUUUCUUAAUUUCGACCAAAUUAUUCAGUCCCUUGCGAAGUCGAUAUGGCUAAUAAUUAUUUGUUUCUUAUUGACUCUUUUUACAUUGACAUCAAUUUUUACAACAUGGCGUAAAAAAAAUCAAAGUUAUGACGCCAAUAUUUAAAAACAACGCAAAUUAUGGCCGGUGUAUAAAGAGCCAAUGAGAUUUUUAUUUUGUUACCCAGCCGUUGUAAAUAUGUUUAUAUUGG